ACUUCUCGCACACCAGCGCCGUCCAGCUCCACACGCAGGGAGGCAGAGCAGAGCACAGAGGGUCCGAUUACAUAAGGACCCAGGAAACGUGGGGAGUCCGCCAGAACCCGGGUCCCGCCAGUACCAGCGUGCCGGGAGACACCGACUCUCUUCCUCUCCCUCCCCCACCCCCCCCACUCCACUUCUUACGGGACCACUCUUUCGACCGCAUCAUGUUGUCCCUCCGAGAGCUUCUCUAGGAUUCCGUCUCUCAAAAGUAACAGAGGACGCCGAGGACGCCGAGGACGCCGAGGACGUGGAGGGACGGGUCCGAAGGGCAGAGCAAAACGCCGCGAUGCCAGAGGGACAGGUGGCGUGAAGAAGACCCGCUCCGGGGAGGGGGUAGGGGGGGGGGGGGGAGGUCGUCGAGUGCGCGUCGCUCAAAAGACUGAACUUUCUCCUCUUGUUUUCAAUCCCUCUUCAAACCCCCCUCAGCCAGAGACAGAUCGAGCCCCCCCCCCCCCCCCCCCUCUUUGUCUAUUUCACGUGCCGACCGGACAGCAAAGCUCUGAAGUUCCCAAGCUUCCGCUACAAGUCAACACAAAGGUAACAAGAACCGGCCAUGACCCCAACCACUCCUCCCUCCUCCGAAGGCUCCUCUCCUCAGAAGGUAUGCCACUCCGAGACGCAGACCGACAUCACCAAGCCCCUGCUGGACUCCCCGGGUGGGACCGGGAGCGCCGGUGCAGGCGGAGGGUUGGCCGGAGCCGAAGGGCCCAGCGCCCUCCGAAGGAGGCGCCGGGUCCUCUCGAAAGACGGACGGAGCAACGUUCGCAUCGAGCACAUAAGCGGGCUCGGGGCGCUGUACCUCCGGGACCUCUGGACGACUUUCCUGGACAUGCAGUGGCGCUACAAGUUCUUCCUCUUCGCCGCCACCUUCGCUGGGACCUGGUUUGCGUUCGGAGUGCUUUGGUACCUGGUGGCAUUGGUGCAUGGAGAUCUCCUGGAGUUUGACCCCCCCUCCAACCAUACUCCUUGCGUAAUGGAGGUUAAGACCCUGACGGGAGCCUUCCUCUUCUCUCUGGAGUCUCAGACCACAAUCGGUUACGGCUUCCGGUGCAUCACCGAGGAGUGUCCCGGAGCCAUCGUCCUGCUCAUCUUUCAGCUAGUCAUCACCAUGGUGAUGGAGAUCUUCAUCACUGGCACAUUCCUGGCAAAGGUCGCUCGCCCCAAGAAGAGAGGCGAGACGGUGAAGUUCAGUCAAUACGCUGUUGUGUCAAAUCACGAGGGUCGGCCCUGCCUCAUGAUCCGAGUGGCCAACAUGCGCAAAAGCCUGCUGUUAGGAUGCCAGGUGACGGGGAAGUUGCUUCAGACGUCGCUGACCAAGGAGGGCGAGACGGUGCGGCUGGACCAGCGCAAUGUGCCUUUCCAGGUGGACACGUCCACCGACAGCCCCUUCCUCAUCAUACCCCUGACUUUCUACCACACCAUCGACGAGAACAGCCCCCUAAGGGCCUGGGCGGCGAAAGGCGGCGGCUGGACAGACCCGGACGUGGCCGACUUUGAGCUGCUGGUGAUCAUGAGCGCCACGGUUGAGCCGACCUCCGCCACCUGCCAGGUCAGGACGUCCUACCUGCCCGACGAGAUCCUCUGGGGCUACGAGUUCCCCCCCGUCGUCUCCCUCUCUCCCUCUGGGAAAUACGUGGCCGACUUCGCCUUUUUCGACAAAGUGGCCGAAACCAAAACCCCGCUCGUCUUCAAGCAGGCCUUGCCGCCGAGCCCGCCGUCGCGGGCUUCCCGUCACCACGGGGGCAAGGAUGCCGGGGCGGACCCGGAGAAGGUGCGACUGGAGGAGAACUACAGGGGGGAGGAGAAGGGGGGAGGAAGGGGGCGCGUCAGAGGCAGCAGCCCACUCAGCGUGCGCAUUAGCAACGUGUGAAGGAGGACGGAAAGUGGAGAUGAAAAAGCAGAGCGAAAAAAAACCUGCCUACCCUCCCCCCUCCACCCACUGGUGAAACCAAACAUACGAGACACCUGGAACCACAAGGCUGAGGAAUCGAGGCCUGCCGAACAUUUCCGUGUCUGCAGGCAAAUCUAAAAGAAACAGCACCAGUCAUCCGUAGAGACACUUUUUUGGAAAGUACUUGAUUUACUGUAACUGGAUGAUGCUCAAACACUGCAAAAUCCCUCACAUUUUGGGGUAAUUCCUGUGAAUAACUUAACCCUAUAUUGUUGUAGUAAUAACUCUGAUUGUAAUAGAAAUCAACCUAUUUCAAGACUAUUCUAGAAACGAGCGUAUCUUCCUUGAACCGAGGAGGAAUACCAAAAGAUUGUUUUUUUUCUCUUUUUAAAAAAAAUAACAAAAUACCUGCAACAGGUGGAGAUACUGGAACCACAUUGUUUUUUUAACAAAGGAUUCUAAUGUAUUGUAUAAUAUUUUAUGUACCCAAUAGUCUUUAACAAUCAUUUCUUAUGCCACCUGAAGAUAUUCACCUCAUUCAUUUGAAUGUCUUUUCUCGUUUAUUGAGGAAACAUGUUUAGUAAUAUUACUAAAAGCACUUUAACUUAACCGAAAUGUGGCAUUUCACAUGAGGGAAAUAACGGAACUGACACUUAAUGCACUGUACUAAAUGAUUGCAUCUCGUGAUUACGUUUGUUAAAUGUGUGCGUUGCGAUGCCGGAAAGUCAGUUAAAUCGUGUUUGUGUGAGUCUUGAACCGUCUUAAAGGUCGUAUACAGUGUGUGUGUGAUAAUGUACUUCUGUACAGUUUAUAAAAAGUGUAUUUUUUCCUACAGUCUUCGUAUCUGUAUGUCCGGACCUUUGAUACACCACUCUGCAUUUUCAAUAUCCCAUAUAUUGUCGAUGCUAAAGGUUGAUUCCGUUAAAUACUGCGUUUUUACCGCUGUUGUUUUCUCAGAUGUUGCUCAUGAAAAGUGUCUCUGAAUUCCGCCAAUGUUUUUUGUAUUGGAUACAUAUGGAUGGAAAUGAUAUUUGUCUCCCUUUAUUUGAGGUUAAAAUGAUGACAUACGUUCAGAUUUGAUAGAAUUGUGAAACUUGUCCCUUGAGGACCAAAAAGAAUCUUUAAAUUAAAGAAUAAGAAAUGUUUUUUCCAAAAGAUUACCGGCAACUUGUACCAUUCAUUAUGAUUAUAUUCUUCUUCUGUUUUUAGAAUGGUCAAUGAUGCACAUCAUGAUGUGUUGUGAAUGUGUGCUCUUGGUAUAAAUUAAGUUCCACAAAUAGAAAUCAUCUGCUGCUCCAGACAAGCCCAAUGAAAACUAUUGAAAAUAACUGAAGAUACUUCAGAAUCAAUGUCUGCUGAGCGGUUGUUUGUGUUUAUACUGUAAAGCAUUCUGUGUACUGUACAUGGAUCCCUCACAUUGGUCUAACUUUAUAAGUAGGCACUUUCUAAGUGGCUGUUUUAAUAAAUGUAGCCUUUCAUUUACUUAA